AUAGUAAAGAGCAGCUUUCUCAUUUGCAGAUGCUUGAGGGAAGACAGGAUAAUGAAGGCUGAAAAGUGAGUGUACAUCUCCUCUAACAAAUUCUUAACAGUCUGAGUAUGGAAUUAAAUUGAGAAGCCUAAUUGAGAAGCCUAUUUUUAUAUUGACGUUUUGAGUUCGAUUUUUCUAUUGGGAGCAGACAUGCAUAAAGGAGGUCAGAUAACCCCCGAAUUACCAUCCUGCAGCUGCAAACACCAUGGCCAACAGUCACUUUAUGGCCAUCCACAUUCCAACAUUACCUCAAGAUCAACAGACAGGAAACCAACCUAUCAACCCAAAGUUUCUGACAAGCCAUUCAUGGGACUAAACAGCUACACAUCACCAUAUUUUCACACUAGAAACUGUUUUCACACAAUACAUUCUGAGAACAGUCCCAUAAAACCAAGACUUGUGACUGUUGUUAAACCAGGAAGCAACCCCAUAAGGAAAAUAACCUUACUCCUUAACAGGAGAUCUGUUCAAACAUUUGAGCAGCUUCUUGCAGAUAUAUCAGAGGCACUUGGUUUUCCUAGGUGGAAAAAUGAUCGUAUAAGGAAACUUUUUAACCUCAAAGGCAAGGAAAUAAAAAGUGUGUUAGAUUUUUUCAGUGGAGAUGAUGCUUUCAUAGCACUGGGGAAAGAGCAUUUGACAUUGAAGGACAUUGAAAUGGUUCUUGAUGAACUUUAUCCUGAUAGAUCAUUUGGACUGACAAAAGAUGAUUAUGAAAAACUGUGUAAACUUGGUAAUAAGGGUUUACAUGUAGAUACUGGCUACAAAGAUAAAGGCGUUGUUGACAAAAAGGGCGACUUGAUGCUCUAUGGAUGGGUAGCCAAAAAUGUUAUGAAUGCUCAAACUAAAAGCAAGAAAAAUGAAAAAAAGAAGUCCAAAAAAUGUGAAGAAGAACAAAGGGAGAAUGAUCACGAGAAACCAUGUGAGAAAACAAAGAAAGUUGAACAUUAUCAUACAAAAAAGCAUUUAUAUAGUAAAUUAUCAACAACAAGCAGAAAUUGUAUUGCUUGUGAACAUGAUAGAAAACAUAAACAUAAGCAGAAACCUCAGAGUGAAUUUGAAAAUUAUAAAACUGAAACUUCUGAUAUGGUUGAGUUUCAAACAAAGAAAAACAAAGAAAAAGGAGAACAUUGUAGGCAAAUACCCCAGAUGAACAGUUUGGCAUCCUCAAAAUGUAACGACUGCCAACAUAAAAGAGAAAAUACACAAGGAAAGGAUCCAUGUUCCACACAUAGGAAACCAUUUAAAGAUCACAAGUUAGCAAGCUUCUCAACAGCCAAAAUAACUAGUCCACUCAUAGAGGACUUUCUAGAUGAUCCAAAUAAAAGUAUACUUUCUUUAGAUAAAAAUAAUAUAGAUAUUGUUGAAUUUCAGAGGUGUUGUUCAAGAAAAGAAGAACAAUUAGCUCGUUAUAGACAUUUACCACCAAUAAACAGUUUGGCAUCACCAAAAUGUAAAGGUUGCCAAAUUAAGGAGGAAGAUUUUGGCAGGGUGAGCAGUAAUGAAAAAUUUCAAACUGAAGAGAUUCCAGCAGUGCAUCAGAACCCAGGCUGGCAGAGAUCGGAAAUGAGAAACGAGUGUGAAAAUAUUCAAGGGAAAGAACACAUAAAAAGCCAAUAUUCUAGAGGUAUAAGAAAAUGUAAUGAUUAUAAAUUAAGUUACUCGACUGGCAAUAAAACUGGACAGCUUAUCGAAGACUUUCUGGAUGAUCAAAAUAAAACAACUUUGUCUUUAGAUCAAUCUAUCAACGUAAUUGAACAUGAUAUCACUGAUAAACAAGAAGUAAUGAAAUCAACUGAUUCAGCAGUACAAACAACUACAAAUAGUUCACUGGCAAAUGAGGGGAAAAUUGAUACUUUUCAUUUAAAGAGAAAAUGCUGCAUACAAGACAAGAUAGAUAUAGAAAGUUAUUAUGACAUUGGAAGAAUUAUUGGAUUUGGGAAUUUUGCAGUGGUGAAGGAAUGUCGACCUCGUAAGGAAUGUAUGGAAUAUGCCAUGAAGAUUAUUGACAAGUCCAAGCUAAAAGGGAAAGAAGAAAUUAUUGGAAAUGAAGUUAGCAUAAUGAAAUGCCUUUCACAUCCCAACAUAGUCAGACUCUUAGAUGACUAUGAGACAGACACUGAAACUUACUUGAUACUGGAGUAUGUCAAGGGAGGCGACUUGUUUGAUGCAAUCAAUGAAAGCAUUAAGUUCAAAGAACAUGAUGCUGCCUGGAUGAUGGCUAAUUUAUGCGAGGCUCUAGUAUACAUUCACAGCAAGCAGAUUGUGCACAGGGAUGUUAAACCUGAAAACCUCUUGGUACAACAAAAUCCUGAUGGGUCAACAACACUGAAGCUAACUGACUUCGGCCUUGCUGCCUACGUGACAGAACCACUGUUCGCUGUGUGUGGAACACCAACAUAUGUGGCCCCUGAGAUAUUAUCAGAAAAAGGGUAUGGUUUGGAGGUAGACAUGUGGGCUACUGGAGUCAUCCUGUAUAUACUUCUAUGUGGUUUUCCACCUUUUCGCAAUAAGGAACGCAAUCAAGAAGAACUCCUUCACAUGAUUCAACUUGGGGAAUAUAACUUUCUUUCACCUUUUUGGGAUAAUAUUUCAGAUGAAGCUAAAGAUUUGAUUAGCAAACUCCUAGAACUGAAUCUCUUGAAGCGGUUCUCAGCCAAAUGUGUCCUCCAGCAUAACUGGGUCAGCUCACGCAGAUUACCGAACAGCUGGAAUCUCCAUAACCAUUGAAGAGCUAAAAAAGAGAAAAUAAGAGGUUCUGCAAAAUAAUCACGGAUUUUCUGGUGCUCUUUAUUUUUUUGUUUUAAGUGUGUGUCUACGUAAAGAAUAAAAAAACUUAUAAAAAUCCAAACACGCUCCACGAGGUCCAGAGGCCAGAACCUAAUGCUGUAACAACCAGAAACCCCCACACGGACAGAGCUUGACUACAGGCUAGCUUGACAAAGGCAUCAGAGUACUAAGGAGAUAUCCUAGCAGAGAUGAGACAGGAGCUAAGCUGACGAUAAUGGGGGGGAGAUGGUUACAUACCACCAAUCAAAGGUGCACGAAAUUGAGGCCAG